UACGUUUAUUCAAUUUUACAAUUAUUGAACAGAGAGAGCGAGACAAAAGAGUAGCUUUGCCAGUUCUUCUAUUGUGAGAUUUACAGGAAGAAUGAUAAAGGCGGUAAUGGUGAUUAACACCUUCGGCAAGCCUCGCCUUUCGAAAUUUUACGAAUUUCAGCCAGUGGAGAAGCAACAAGAGCUCAUCCGCCAUGUCUACACAGUCUUAAGCAACAGGCCUGACAAUGUGAGCAAUUUUAUUCGGAGCUUAGGGGCAAUUUUCGGUCCGGAUACAAGGCUCGUGUAUAAGCACUAUGCUACCUUAUAUUUCGUGUUUCUAUUUGAUAACUCUGAGAAUGAGUUGGCCAUGCUCGACUUAAUACAAGCAGUUUUUGUAGAAACUCUGGACAAAUGCUUCAGAAGUGUAUGCGAGCUUGAUGUAGUAUUCAAUUAUAGCAAGAUGCAUAUCAUUCUAGAUGAAAUAAUUUUAGGUGGUCAAGUGCUAGAAACAGAUUCUGUUGAAGUCGUGAGAGCAGUGGAAGAGAUUUCAAAAUUAGAGUCAACCACUAGUGCUGGCACAUUGAUCAACAAAUCUAUUCCGUCUUGGUGGGCUAGAUAACACAUGGUUCCUCUGUACAUUACCAUAUCUUAGUGUUGAAAACGAACUAUAGGGAAUAUGACAUGUAUACUUUUUCAGUUCGGCAUGUUAACUGACUUCUCGAUUUGUAAUCAUAGCUGGAUACACCCUUCUCUGAGUUAUCAGAUUUUCUUUAUAGGGUCCUUCACCGCUAGUUGCAAAAGCCAAGCUGAAAGUGUGUUCAAGUUUUAUACUCUUAUAAAAUACCUGCCUUGUAUGUUGAAACUUGAUUAGCUAUCGUGAGCAAUUAUUUUACUGAAC